GGGACAGCGGCUUUGCUGGCAGGUACAGAUACUAGAAGGUCACCAAUACAGAAGCGACCACCGACAGCGAACCACCCGGCACGGACAUGCAGUCAGACAACCCAUUUGAAACAUACGAAAACCCCUUCUCAGACCCUUACGAUCCUUCGGGGUAUGGGGGCCAGAGUCGUGGCCAAAGCCACGGCGGACACGGCGCAGGAAACGGACCAGCGUUUCUCAACGAAUGCCAGAGAAUUAAGGACGAGAUCGAGCAGUACAAGAGCAACAUCGACUACCUCAAGCAGUUGCAGUACCAGCAAAUGAAGGCUGUUUCUGAAACCGAGAAGAAACGCACGUUGGAGCAGAUCGACAGCUCGACGAUGGAGAUGAAGACGAUGCAGAUCGACAUCAAGAACGGCAUCGAGCGUCUGAAAACACAGGUGGACCGCUCGGACCCGGACAUGGUGAACCAGUUGAACAAUUUGAACCGACUCUUCAGAGGCGCCUUGAGAGAGCUCAUUGUCGAGGAGGACAACUUCAAGGAGUCCGUCACCCACCAGGCGGUCGAGCAGUACCAGAUAAUCAACCCGGAGGCAUCUUACGAUGAAGCACAGCAGUUUGUGUUGCAGAACGGACCGGAAGAGAUCUUUUCCACGUCUCUCGAGAUGCAGAACAAGAAGGCCGAGGCGAUGGAGGUGUUUGAAAACGUCAAGUACCGUCACGACGAGCUCUUGAAGAUCCAGGAGAUGGCGGCAACCUUGAACCAGAUGUUCAACGACUUGCAGGACAUCGUACUCGAGCAGGGCGAGUACUUGACCAAUGCCAAUGAAAACAUAGACCUUGCACAGGCCCAGCUGGAGAAAGGUGACGGCAACGUCAUCCAAGCGGUUCAAACUUCCAAGAAAAACAGGAAGUGCAAGUGGAUUAUCAUUGGUUUGUGUAUCUUGCUUGCUUGUAUUAUUGCCGGUGUCAUUGCCGGCUUGGUUAGAGGGUUAUCCGGUCAUUAGUCAGUUUUGUUUUCCAUUUCCAUUUCCAUUUCCAUUUCCAUUUCCAUUUCCUUUCUAUUUUUGGUUUUGUUUUUUCCAUUCUUCUUUUCUUGACUUUGUUUCCAUUUCCAUAGCUCUAGUUCAUAGUUCAUAGCCCAUAGUUCAUAGUUCAUAGUUCAUCUUUUUUCCAAACUCAUUUUCUUUUUCCUCUUUUUCCAUUGCCAUUCGAUUUUACUACUCUACUCCCUUUUAUUUCUUCUCUUUAUAUCCCACCCCACAAAAACACGGCUAUACUACAAAUUAGCAUUUAUAAAUGAUUAUCUAAAGAAAUAUUGCGCUUUCCUG